AUGUCCUAUGCUCAGGAGGUGAAGGAUUUCCAGCUCAAGCUCAAAGACGAGUACAAAGCCGUGAAGUCAAAACUGGAGGCCGAGGUCAAAGAGAUGAGCUCUAGGGUUGAGGAGCUUGAGAAACUGAAUGCCGAGCUCGAGGAGGCAAAAAAUAAGCUCAAAGAGAAGAGCUCCAUGGUUGAGGAGCUGAAUGCCAAGCUCGAGGAGGAGAAAAAGGCCACCUUUGAGAUCAUGGAGGGCAAAAAGGCUCAUCUCCUUGAAGAGUUCAAGGAGAGGAAGGAUCGGACGGUUGACCUGGUCAUGUAUAGGAUCUGGGCUAGCAACGCUGAUCUUGACACCAACUUCCUAGGCUCUUUUGAGGACAAGCUUAUAGCCAAAUGGAAGCCUUUCGGAUUAGCAAUGGCUACAAAUGAUCCCAAUAUUCCUGAGGAGGAAAUUUUAGAUGAAGCUAAGUACCCCCAACGCCUUGGAAAGCAUCCUAUGGAGAAUUCUGACCCCGAUGAGAGGAGUGUGGAACUCGAAGAUCGCCAACUGCGAAAACAGUUGGCAGAAGCAAAGAAAUGCAACGAAGAGCUAGUCAGACUAUCUGCUGAAGCGCAGGCGGCUCAGGCUCCACCUUCGCCAGAUACCCAGGCUCUGCCUCCGAGGGACAUUCAUGUUCCAUCACGUAGGCCUCGAGGACGGCCGCAGAAAAAUGCAGCCACCCGAAGAGGGGAGAAACCUCCGCCGCUGGCAGAGCAACCUGCUCCUCCGAGAACCCGGAUGAGGAACCGGGCUGAAGAUCCUCCUAACCCAACUGUGGAGGCGCUGGCCGAGAUAAGUACAGUCAAAGAACAGAUGGGAAUGACUUUCAUCAAAACUUCCACAAACCGGGCACAACAGAGAGUCAAGAGGCACUCUGAAUCGAAGCAAGUUAUCCCAAGUAAGCAGUUGAGCAUUAACUACUUGCCAUAA